UCUUCCAGGAUGAUGAUGAUGAUGAAGGUCAAGGUCAACUGCCCGAACUUGAGGAAGGUCAACGGCUCUUCCGUGAUGAGGCCGAAGGCCAAGAGCUCUUGGAGGCUCUUCCAUGACGAGGAUGAUGAAGGUCAAGGGCUUUUUGAAGGACGAUGAAGGUCAACGACUCUUCCAUGAUGAUGAUGAUGAUGGCUGGGGGACUCUUCAUGAUGACGAAGACUGGAGACUCUUCAAUGAUGAAGGCUGGGGACUCUUCCAGGAUGACGAUGACGAUGAUGAAGGCUGUGUGGAGGCUCCGCUGCCGAUGCCACCGAUGACGAUGACGAAGGACGAACGACGCCGAAGGCGCCGCCCUGGGACAGCACACCAGGAACGGAAAGGGGGGGAAGGUAAACCCAACAACCCUCAGGCCUCCUCUUCGGCCUCCUCGCCGAAAUCCUCCUCCUCCUCGGCCGUGGCGUCCUGGUACUGCUGGUACUCGGAGACGAGGUCGUUCAUGUUGCUCUCGGCCUCGGUGAACUCCAUCUCGUCCAUGCCCUCGCCCGUGUACCAGUGCAGGAAGGCCUUGCGCCGGAACAUGGCGGUGAACUGCUCCGAGAUGCGCUUGAAGAGCUCCUGGAUGGCGGUGGAGUUGCCGAUGAAGGUGACGGCCAUCUUGAGGCCGCGCGGCGGGAUGUCGCACACGGCCGUCUUGACGUUGUUGGGGAUCCACUCCACGAAGUAGGAGCUGUUCUUGUUCUGCACGUUCA